GAUCAGUUGAUUUUCCACACCCAAGCGAAGAUGAUGUUCCUCAAAGACUGGAGAUCCCAUGUUCUAUUCGUCCUGCUGCUGAUGGUCCGCGGAUCGCUGUGUGUGCCCGCUCUGGAUGCAGCUCCUCCCGCUGCCACGCCCAACACCGUCGAAGAGUCGGAAAAUCUGGUCGAGGGAAGUGGCGAACCAGUUGUCGCCCCCACAGACGCGGUGCCUACAACCAACAAUGAAACUAUUCCUCCGGCUGAUGGAAAUUCGGAAGCAGCGGUGCCUGACAAUGUGGCCAGUGGAAGCAGCAUUGAUCCCACGGCCAUUUACGCUGGGGGAAUCCUCACUCCCGAGGCCUUUCAGCAGUACUUGACUCAGUAUGGUGCCUAUGCUCCCUACUCCUACCCGGCUCCCGUUGCGGGAGCAGCAGCUGGCAUUUACCCGUACCCUGGACCCAUUGUGGUGCAGACGGGCUACGAGGGAUUCCUGAUGCCCACAAAUUCAGCCGGACAAUCGGACAGCACCACUGUGCUGGCUCCCGCUGCACAGCCCAGCUCCUCGAAUCCGCUGAUGACAUUUGUCUCCAAUCUUCUGCCCACGAUCCUGAUGUCCACGCUCUUUCGCAUCGCCGCCGUGAUUGUGUCCGCCGUGGGCAUCAUCCUGUUCGGCGGUGCCAUCACCAGUGCGCUCUGCAGGAUCACCCCGAUCUGUGAAAUACCCGCCCGUGCUGUGAAUAUCCUGCGCACGGGUGGUGCUCAGGAUGUGGGUCGCAUGCUGGCCGAGGAGAUGACUCCGGAGCGGGUGCGUCGGGCAACAGAAUUCGUGCGCAACGCCAUCCGGAAGUACAAGCAACUGCAGAAGCUGGUGGAGGCCUCGGAGGCGGUGACCGAGUUGACUAACUAGGAAUGGCGCAGUGGGUGUAGGUUUAGUGCUGGCUCGUAAAUUAAGUGGAAUGCAAAAUAUACUUUUAAUGCUAUAAAA